UCACUCACACAUGCAGGAGUUUGACAGCGCGGCUCUGAGCCCAAAGCGCCCGGCUGCUUCUCUCUGUUCGGCGUUUCGUGGAAUUUUCUUUCUUUUCCUUUUGGUAGUGAUAAGCUGGGUGAGCGCGGCUGCGAUGCGGACCGGGCUCUGACGGGGCGGAGUUGUGGUUCGUUGCUUGGAGUAUCGGCAGGUUAGAAAGUUUGGUAUUUUGGGGCGCGCGCUCGAGGGGCUGAAACAUGUCACGCGACCCGGACGAGGUGAAUAAGCUGACUGAAAGCACAUACAAGAAUGUUAUGGAACAGUUUAACCCGGGGCUGAAGAACCUUAUCAACCUUGGAAAGAGCUACGAGAAAGCUGUCACGGCCAUGACCCUGGCUGGAAAGAUAUACUUUGAAGCUGUGGGUAAGAUCGGGGAGAAUGCUGCUGUAUCUCCAGUGUCAAGAGAAUUAGGAGUGGUGUUGACCGAGAUCGCUGAAGCCCACAGGAAAGUCCUACUUGAGCUGGAAGAGAAUUUCAGACGCUUCCAUCGAGAGAUCAUUUCUGAACUGGACAGGAAGACAGAUAUGGAUGUGAAAUACAUGACGGCCACAUUUAAGAAGUAUCAGACGGAGCACAAGAUGAAGCAGGAUUCUCUGGAGAGGUCUCAGGCUGACCUGAAAAAGCUGAGAAGGAAGAGUCAAGGAAAGAACGCACUGAAGUAUGAGAGCAAAGAGAAUGAGUGUUUGGAGACCCUCACGCACCGCCAGAUGGACAUGCAGAAGUUUAUUGCAGAUGGUUGUAAGGAAGCUUUGCUUGAGGAGAAGAGGAGGUUCUGUUUCCUGGUGGACAAACAUUGUACUUUCUCCUACCAGUUAUCAGCUUUUCAUGAAAAGGCAAAGGAUAUACUAACAGACCAGAUACCUAACUGGCAAGACAAAUGUACUGAUCUUACCAACGUUCCAAAUAGUGUGAUGUCACUGAUAGAAGGCCUGCGCACCCCAGUGUCCGUAACCCCUCAGGCCUCUCCAGCUGUAACGCGUCACAGCAGGAACAACUCUGAUGCAAUGAUUCCGCCUCCUGCACCCCCACUAAAGGCUCAAACGAGUCCACUGGUGACCAUGUUCAACCAAGACACACCAAAGCAAGAGAACGUGACCGAUAAUGGUAAUGAUGGGAGUCAAAUGGUCAGGUCUAUUUCGAUGGCUACAGGGCUGAACCAUAUGACCCGGAGGCCACGCGUCAGGACUAUCUUCCCCCACAAAUCUGACAAUAACGCCACCCUACUGAGCUUUGAUGAGGGUGACUUCAUCAUCCUGCUCAUUCCUGAUGAGAGAGACGGCUGGCUUUAUGGAGAAUUGGAGAAGACCAAACAAAGGGGCUGGUUUCCAUCCUCCUACUGUCGUCCAUAUGUAGAACCCGUGGUAAAUAACAGCAUUGUUGGGAAUCCUCCGGCCCGCAGUAAGAGUGUGGUCAACCUCCUGCAGCAAGAGUCUGAAGGUGAUGUGCUGCUGCCUCCUCCUGACUACAGCGACACCCCUGUCAGGAGGAACUCGACCAAGUCCCUGAUUCAGACACAUGUGCCUUCCUCUGAAAACACUGUUUCUCAGCCAAACGGAAUUUCAAAGCCACCUUUUCUAGGAGGUGGGAACCCUUUUGCCACCGUGAAGCUGAGGCCCACAGUCACCAACGACAGAUCAGCUCCUAAGAUCUGAUCAUCAUGAUACCCUGGUCUUCUAACCUUCAGCAGCUCCCCCCAAACCCAACCCAACCCAACACCACCACUGCUGCGGUUUGAAUACAGACCUUUCUUCUGCAAAGAACUACAUUAGACAUGACCUUUAGGCCAUGGUGGAUUUGGACUAGAUGCCAUGGUGGCCUCAUUGCACACAGGCAAGGUACACCUUUUAUGUAUGUACAUUAUAAAAGCCAAUAUUCACAUACACUUUUUAAAAUCAUUCAGAUGUUCAUGCUGCCUUAUACAGUUUGUCCUGGACAGUGAGCGAGAACAGCGCUGGAUAGAUUCUAUUAUAGAGUAAAUAUGGUUAUAGUUUUGACCUGAAGCGUUGAUGACUGCUUUUAAGUUGCAAGAAUAACGCACCUUCGCUGUGCUAAGAUGGACCAGAACCUAGGAUGUUUAUAAAAUUCUUAACAAUUAUUUACUGUCAUGGGACAGGUGAUGAAUGUAAAUGGGACCAAGGCACUUUUCAGGUUGUAUACUGUUGCAGAUGUAAUUAUGCAGGAUUACUUAAAUUGCAUCAUGUUAUUUAAAAUUUCAGACAUCAAGGUACACUAGGAUUGAUCCUAUGCUUGUUUAGACUGCAAAACUAUGCUUCUACAAACCCAUUCCUAAAUACCAUUUAACAUCCCUUUUUCUUUCUGAGAGGACACAUUUGCCUCUUUAAUUUUUAUGUUGUCACUGAAAAUUGUAUCCAGUUCACAAGCAUCCUAAGUUGUUUGAAACAGACCUUUUUAAUUACGUAGACAAAUUGUACUUUAAUUUUCAAGCUUUGUUAGCCAUUUAUUCGUUUUGUCUUUUCCAAUGCCCUGUGAAUCACUGCUUGUAUAAAAUAAAAGUUUUAUUUCUUUUAA